AUACAUACAUGAAGAUUGGGAAGAGUAGACACAUAGAGGCCAGUGGACAUAUAGGACCAAAUUUUUGGACUAUUGAUGUUCUCUGGUGCUGUUAUAACACUUUUCCUGCUGGACCUCCUCUCAACUGGCAUUGUGAGGCAUGCAAUCUCUGCCAAGUAUGGAAGGUUUGGUGGGUUUCUGAGCAUGAUGUGUGGUCCCUGCUGAUAGGCAUUCCUACACUUGACUUUUCUGAUUAGUUUGUGCCUUCUACUACCACAGUUGAGUUCAUUGGAAAUGAGUUUAUAAUCAAUAAUCAGGUUAAGGAAAAUCCUUAGAACUUUGGCUUUUUUCUUUCCUAUGAGGAGACUUUAUGAGUUUUCAGAACCUUGGUGCCUUCUAGUUCUAACUCAACCAUCUUUAGGGAGUGGAGUGGAGGUUUGGAUCAGUUACUUGCCUAUCAGUUGAAGUUAACUACCUUACUUAUGUUCCAAUUGCUUCUAUUGAAUCAGUUAAUCAAAGGUGUUAAAGUAAGCAAAAUACAUAUGCAAUUUGGUAGGAGUGAAAGUCAUUGAGUGAAAUCAAAUGCUGAACUAGAAGUAUUUGGGAUUAGCCAAAGUGCCUUUUACUAGAGUCUACUUAAAAGAGCUGGCCAGAUUUGAGUAUUUGACUAAGUCUAGGGCAGGGGUACUAGGAGUUCUAGGUAAGUCUCUAUGAGGGAAUUGCUUGUCUGGGAAAAGCCUCUGUCUCUUUCUAUCUUUCUUUGAAUUUCAAAAGAUUGGAUGAUAUGAAGUUCUCAGGUAUCCUAGCUGUGUUCCUGGAAUACCAGUUGCUAUUAGUAUCUUCCUCAGAAGCUGUGGAAAAACAGAUUCUUUGGGAAAAAACUUUACAAGGAGCCUGGCAGAAAGCUGUUCAUCCUUCCUCAGAUGAUCUUACUGUGGAUUCCACAAAUGGAAGAAAAAGUCUCCUAACCUUCAAGAGUUGAGUGGCCUUGAGGAGCAGCCCAAGAAGAGUUUUUUGAGUCAUAGAUAUCUCUGGAGUGCCUAUUUUAAAAAAAAAGUCUGCAACAAAGUUAUACGAGUUCAGAUGGCUCUAGAAUCCAGAGAGACUGCAGCACUGAAUCCCCAGAAGCCAACAGGAAAAGAGGGACUUCAAGUAAUAAAGAUAGAGAAAGAAGAGGAUCAUAUAUGGGGGAAGAAAGGUAGCCACAAGAAGAACAGCCCUCCUAGAGAGAUCUUCCGCCUGAGGUUCAGGCAGUUUGACUACAGUGACACGCCUGGACCCCGAGAGGCUCUCAGCAAACUCCGGGAACUUUGCCAUCAGUGGCUAAGACCAGAGGUACACACGAAGGAGCAGAUUCUAGAGCUGCUGAUUCUAGAACAAUUCUUGACCAUUUUGCCGGAGGAUCUGCAGAGCUGGGUGAGAGAUCAGCAUCCAGAGAGUGGAGAGGAGGUGGUAACUGUGCUGGAAGAUUUGGAGAGAGAACUUGGUGAACCAGAAUGUCAGGUGACUGCUUUACAAGACCAAACAUCGCAUUAUCUUCAAGUUGCAUCAAGUGUGCAGAAAGAGGCAGGAGCCUGGGAGAAGAUGGAACCCUUAAGAGAAGUACAGGAUGCACUAAAUGUCCAGCUUCAGCCUAUGAAUACCCAGAUCAAGUGUGGGUCUCCAGAGCCCGAGUUCCCACAAGAAAGAGAUUUUGAAACUUAUACCAAAUGGUCCCUUCCAAAGCAGGAAUUUUCUGAAGAAGGGGAAUCACAGGAGAGGAUAUCUGGAACCCUCCCAAUGGAUGUUUCCAAGAGAACCAAGAUUGGAGAAGCUUUUGAAUGUGAAGGUACUUUGGACACGCAGCAAUCCCUUUCCCGGGAUGGAAAUUUUAUGGUAACAACCUUCUCUUCUGGAAAAAUUCCCUUAGGAGAGAAUGGCCAUAAAUAUGAGUGUCUGACUAGUUGCCGGAUGAACUCAGAUCUGGUUAUACAUACAGCAGAGAAACCCUAUAUAUCUGCUACAAAUGACCAAAACUUUAAACAGAAUUCAUCUUCUAAUGUGAAUCAAAAAGAUCCAGCUUUCAAGAAGCCUUAUGAAUGUAAUGAAUGUGAGAAAACCUUUAAACAGAACUCGGGUCUUAGAAAACAUCAAAGAAUUCAUAUGGGAGUGAAACCCUACAAAUGUACUCAAUGUGGGAAAGCAUUUAGACAAAGUUCUGAUCUUAGGAAGCAUCAAAGAAUUCAUACAGGAGAGAAACCCUAUUCAUGUGGUGAAUGUGGGAAAGCCUUCAGGGGAAGCUCAGACCUUAUUCAGCAUCAAAGAAUUCACACUGGAAAUAAACCCUAUGAAUGUAGUGAAUGUGGAGAAGCUUUUAGUAGGAGCUCACACCUUGUUCAACAUAGAAGAAUUCAUACUGGAGAAAAACCCUAUCACUGCAGGGAAUGUGGGAAAGCUUUCAGUCAGAUCUCUUCCCUUAUUCAACAUCAGAGAAUUCAUACUGGAGAGAAACCCUAUGGAUGUAAUGAAUGUGGAAGAGCCUUCUAUCACAGCUCUAAUCUUACUCAGCAUCAGAGAAUUCACACUGGAGAGAAGCCCUAUCAAUGCAGAGAAUGUGGGAAAGCCUUCAGGCAUACAUCUGGUCUUGUGACUCAUCAGAGAGUACACACCAGAGUUUAACCUUGUGCACAUUUUGAAUUGAGCAAUCUUUCUACAACUUGAUGUUACUGAAUAUCAGAAAAUGCAUCCUGCAAUCAAAAUCCCAAAAAAUAAUUGUGAGCUCCUCAAGGACAAAGCCUAUGUUUCUUACUGUGUAUGGCUGUCACCUGAGUUCCAUGUGCCUAUGAAACCUUUCCUAAGAUUUAUUUUAUUAUUGAAUAAUCUAUGUUUCUUGCUAUUUGGUAUUUACUGUUAUUUUUGUCAGUAGUUACCUUAUAAGGGGGGGUGUAUAGGAUUUUUGCCUUUUCAGAAGAAUGGAAUUCAUAUCCCAGGAAAAUGAAGGUUGCAUUUCAGAGGAUCAAGACAGGUUUUGGUGGUCAGUGCCCUCUCCUCAGGAUGUAUAAUAUAAAUGAUAACUGAGUUCUCUGAAAUGAAUUUGGGACAAUUUUUUAGUAAAGUCUAAGUUAGUUACUGGCCUAGAAGAUAAUAGGAUGCCAGCUAUUUAAGGUUCACAGUGAUUUUGACCUCUGUCUAGGAAAAGAGUGUGGCUCUUGAGGCAGAUAAAAAUAAUGUUCAGCAUAAUAAAUAGUCCUGAUAUUAGUUAUUGAUUACUAACUCCUUUUUUCCCUUAGCCAGAAAUUAUCUUAUAUCAUGAGGUUUCAGUCCUGAGAACCACAUCCCUCAGUCUACCUGGCCUAUUGGGACCUCUUACUUCCUUACUGGGCUUCUUCAGGGAAAGAGUGGUUAAGGUAUUUCCCAUUUUCUCUCAGGUUAAUGCUGAAUAAUCAUGAUUUAGAAGAGGAGUUUCUGGCUCAGUUCCAAAAAAAUAGGUACCCUGUCUAUGGAUAUUCUAGGCUUCAGCUCUAAGAAGGCAACUUCUUUGUCCCUGGAAAUCCUAGUUGUCCAUGGUACUGUGGGUUUGAAUUGUGUGACUUCAUUUUUUUUUCUUGAUUUGUGAUUCUAUAGACUUUUUAAUGCUAUGGUGUUAGAAAGACAUUUUUCUUUGUACCUUUUUUUGAUCAGUCAGUGCCCUAAAAGCUGUUGCUUCAGAGAAGUGGGUCUUAGGUGUGCUGUGUGUAUGGAUGCAUUGUGAGUACAUGUUUAUCUUUGUUGGCUACCCAGCAUUUUUUUCCUUUGUGGUCUCCUUUUCAUAGCUUACCAUCAGUAAUUAGCCUUAUCCUUACUCCGAACAAAGCAGAACUUGCUUUGGUAUGGGUAUGGUAUUACAUAGCUUGAAUUGUCUCCAAACAUCAGAAUAUGUUACUGCUUUUCAAUCCAUCCUGUUAGGGGGAUGUUGUCCUGAGAAUUUAGAAGAAGGUGCUGGUAACCGUAUCAGCAGAGCUCAGCUUGGACAAGCUCAAGGAUAGGCCACCAGUGUGGAUGCAUUGGCAACUGAUCAGUCCUGAACUCAGCUGUGGAGCAUCCCUUCCACUAACUUAGGGAAAUGGUAUCAUGGCCAUUUUGUGAUGGAGUAGUCAGCAGUCUCUGUAUGUAGAACUAGUUCUUAUAGGUCAGUUAAACAAUAACAUUAGCACUUGCCUAGGAUAUGAAAAUAUCAAGCAGAGGGCCAAAAUAAAAAUACUAAAAUACUAAAAGGGUUAUGACCCAUUCCUCAGUCACUAUAGAAUUCUUAUUCUAACAAUGAUGUUUUUGAUAGUGGGAUAUAGAGUUGCUGGUAGUUGGAGUAUAUAAUCAGGACUGUAAGGCCUAGGAUUGAGAUGGGAGGUAAGGCAGUUUAAUUCUAACAUCUAUUAAUCUAGCUCCUGGGCAUAAAAUGUUUUAAUAUGUAUUUUAUUUUCCCUUUUUGGUAAAUUUUUUAUUCAUUUUAAACUUAAAUGCAGAAUGAGAAAAGAAAAAAAGAACAUUUCCAUGUAUUCAGCAGAACAUAUGAGAAGAUUCAAUACAAAACAAUAAAUUUCCAUUUUAAGGAAGACUAAUAAAUACUACAGAUUGUUUUUAAAGUUACCCAGCUUUUCUCUGCCUCCAUGUAUGUAUUCUUUUGUUCUUUGUUGUACACUUUUUGUUUUAUUUUUUCUUAUUCUCCCCCACUAAAGAAGGCUUUAAUUCAACAUGGGUAUAUAUAAUGUGUAUAUGCACACACAUACAUAGAUUUAUCUAUAAACCUACACAUAUAUAUACAUAUGUGUGAGACUGUGCUAUGUAUAUUCCACUUGUCAUCUCUUUCUCUGGAGGUGGAUAGCAUUUUCCUUUAUAGAUCCAAGCCUUCCCAUGUUUUUUUCUAAAUCAACCAGUUCAUCAUUUCCUAUAUCACAGUAGUAUUUCAACACAAUAAGAAUCAUAUUUAAGAUCGUCCAUCCAACUUUUCCCUCCAAUUUUCUGUAUUCCUUCUGUUCUUGGUUACAUUGGUUUUAUUUACACAAGAAAAUUUUAAUUUAAAAUAAUGAAAAUACUCUCACCUUAUAACAUAGUUUAAGGUCUGAUACUACUGAAUUUCUUUCCUUUAUAUUUUUUUUUGUAUUUAGUAUUUUAUAUUUUUU